CAACGGCCAUGUUAUGUGUUGAUUCAUUCCUUGCGUUUCGUGUGGUCAUCACCCACCCGAUGCAAACCGUACGAAACAUUUCGUAUACGAAUCAGCGCUUUCGAUCGAGAAUACCGUUUGAAGCGACAUCAUGUGAAAGUGACCAACUUGCGUAUACGAAAACUGAUCGUACGACUCGAGAAUAGGCCCCCUGGACACAAAAGUAGUGGGCCAAUGAGAUUCUUUCUUAACAUAUGGUUCUGUUACUAGAGUUUACUGGUUCGCUAUCUUAUUAUUAAAAUAUGAUCUACAACUUAAUAUUGAAGGAUUAUCAUCAAUAUUAUACAAAGAUUUUAAGUUUAGUUUAUUUGGAUAUAUUUUGUAAAUCAACAAAAAUUUUGAGAUUUGAAAACUAGCCCACAGACUAUUACCGCCAAAUUCUACAGGUGUGUUUUGUUGGACGCCAGAAUUGAAUCAAAUAUAAUUUUAUACGGAUAGACUAAGUUUUAUUAGUUAUUGAAAAAUGGAUAUUGGGGAUGGUCCAAAUUCUUUGAGGCGUAUACCAGAUGAAGUCGGAAUCAAGUGCCAGAAGUUAUUUCAAGAUUUUCUUGAAGAGUUUAAAGAAGAUGGAGUUGUAAAAUAUCUCGAGCCAGCAAAAGAACUCAUAAGCCCAGAACACUGUACUUUGGAAGUGAUUUUUGAUGAUGUAGAUGAAUACAAUCAAGUACUUUCAACAACCAUAGUUGAAGAAUAUUACAGGAUUUAUCCAUAUUUGUGCCAAGCGUUAUAUAAUUUUGUCAGAGAUGUUGCUGAAUUAAGAAAAGAGAAGGAAUGUUAUGUGAGUUUUGUAGAAGUACCAACUAGGCAAAAAUUAAGAGAAUUAAAUGCAUCAAAAUUGGGUACCCUAAUACGCAUAUCUGGACAAGUAAUACGAACGCAUCCAGUUCAUCCAGAAUUAUUACUCGGAACAUUUAUUUGCAUGGAUUGUAAUGCUGUAAUAAAGCACGUGGAACAACAAUUUAAGUUCACAAAUCCAACAAUUUGUCACAAUCCAGUAUGUAGUAAUAGGCGACGUUUCCUAUUGGAUGUGGAUAAUUCAGUUUUUGUGGAUUUUCAAAAAAUCAGAGUACAGGAAACACAAGCUGAACUUCCUAGGGGAUGCAUUCCUCGCUCGCUUGAAAUUAUUUUAAGAUCUGAAGCAGUAGAAACUAUACAAGCUGGUGAUAGAUAUGACUUUACAGGAACUCUUAUAGUUAUACCAGAUGUUGGAGUUCUUUCUCUUCCUGGCGUAAGAAUGGAUCCUAAGGCAAAGCGAAAUAAAAGUGUAGAACCAGGAGAUGGAGUGACAGGCUUGAAAGCAUUAGGAUCCAGAGAACUCACAUAUAAAACUGCGUUUCUAGCAUGUAGUGUUACACCAACAAGUUUUAGGUUUGGUGGUAUGGAGACAAACAUGGAAGAAAUAUCACAAGAAAUGAUGAAGAAACGAAUGACUGAAGCAGAGUGGAAUCGUAUAUAUGAAAUGAGUCGCGAUAAAAAUUUGUACCAGAAUCUCGUUAAUAGUUUGUUUUCUUCGAUACACGGCAAUGAUGAAGUUAAAAAGGGAAUCACUUUAAUGCUGUUUGGUGGUGUUCCAAAGAUAACAUUAGAAGGCACCUCGUUACGAGGGGAUAUAAAUUGCUGCAUUGUUGGUGAUCCUAGCACAGCGAAAUCUCAACUUUUAAAGAGCGUUGCUGAAAUUACUCCAAGAUCUAUUUACACUUCAGGAAAAGCAUCUUCUGCAGCUGGGUUAACCGCAGCUGUCGUAAGAGACGAAGAGUCUCCUGAUUUUGUCAUUGAAGCUGGUGCUUUAAUGCUUGCCGAUCAAGGUAUUUGUUGUAUCGAUGAAUUUGAUAAAAUGGAUCUCAAAGAUCAAGUCGCUAUACACGAAGCUAUGGAGCAACAAACUAUUUCCUUAGCCAAGGCUGGUGUAAGAGCAACUUUAAAUGCUCGAACAUCAAUAUUAGCAGCAGCGAAUCCUGUUGGUGGACGUUAUGACAGGAAAAAAUCGUUGCAACAAAAUGUUCAACUAACGGCUCCCAUUAUGUCUAGAUUUGAUUUAUUCUUUAUUAUAGUUGAUGAAUGCAAUGAAAUCAUUGAUAAUGCGAUCGCUAAAAGAAUUAUUGAUCUACAUUGUGACAAUUGGCAAGAUUUUGAAACAGUGUACUCACAAUCUGAGAUUGUUAGAUACAUUAAUUUUGCCAAACAUUUUAAGCCUAUAUUGAGCCAGGAAGCUGCAGAAUUUUUAGUCGAUAGUUACACAGCACUUAGACAAAGAACUGGCAGUGGUUCUGGAACGUGGCGAGUUACAGUUCGACAGUUAGAAAGUCUUAUACGAUUAUCCGAAGCUAAGGCUAAAUUAGAAUGUUUAGAUGAAGUCUCUGUAAAACAUGUGAAAGAGGCAAAACGGCUAUUAAGUAAAAGUAUCGUAACUGUAGAACAGCCAGAUAUAGAUUUAGAGGAAUCUGAAGAUGGAAAUACAGAGGUCCUUCUGGAUGAUGCUCCUCCAGUUAUGGCUGCUCUCAAUGCGCUAGACGAUCAUGAUAAAACACCUGUUACUCCUCAAACGGGAGAUGGAGAAAAAAAGAAAUUAACAAUGUCCUUCGAAGAGUACAAGAAUUUAUCUAAUAUGUUGGUAUUAUAUAUGAGGAGUGAAGAAAAUCGUGCCGAAACUUCUACUGUUGAUGAUGCGAGAGCCGGAUUAAGGAAAUCAGAACUUGUAGCCUGGUAUCUCGAUCAAAUUCAAGACCAAAUAGAUUCAGAAGAAGAAUUACUGGAAAGGAAAAAUUUUAUCGAAAAGAUCAUCGACAGGUUAACAUAUCACGAUCAAAUUAUAAUACCCCUUUCUACAGGUGACCUUAAAAGCAAGGGUACAAUUGACGAAGAAGACGAUGACCCAUUACUUGUUGUGCAUCCUAAUUAUAUAAUUGAUGUUUAAGUUAUUCCAAUACAAGCAUUCGCGAAUAUAAUUUCAUGGUACAGUGUUUAAUAAAAUAAUAACAAAUAAAGGUAAAGGUAAACUCGAAACUGAUACUGAUACCAUAAAAUUUUAUCUUUAAUUGUUUGUAUAUAAUUAAAUUAAACUGUACCUUUAUUUGCUCUAUUUUUAUGAAUAAAUAUGAAUAUGAAUUUUUGUACCUACAAAGAAAAAUGAUGCCGCUAUGUAUUUCUCAAGCGAUUUUUUAAAAUAAACACUUAUAUUUAU